AUGGAAAGUGCUCUCCUCAAGGAGUUCCAGCUCCAACACAAAAAUCCCUCCCUCGAAGCUCUCCUCCGAUGGAGAUCCGCCGUCACUCUUGUCAAAAACCACCGCCGCCGCUUCCGCAUGGUCGCCGAUCUUGACAAGCGCGUUGAAGCUCAACGGAUUAGGCAGGGAAUCAAGAAUCUUCGCAAACACAUCCUCUCGGAGUUGUGGAUGGUGAGAGAACUGAAAAAAAGUGAUGGAGGAAUAUUAAAACGAUAUUUACAUGUGGAAUCGUAG